AUGGUUAUCACGGUGGAACCAGGGAUAUACAUAUCAGCGGACAACAGCGAAGUUCCCGAGAGGUCAGCAAUUACUAUUAAUUCGCCAUUUGUACAUCUCCCAUAAUACACUAUUUAACCUCCCCCCCACCAAUUUUGCAUAACCUUUGUUUUUCAUUUCUCCCGUUAUUAAGGCCGUCUCAAGAGAAAAAAAUUGAAUUGUGGGGGCGGGGGAGAGUAAACAAGGUGCAUUUUGGGAGAUGUGCAAGUGGCGAUCCUUAGCUCACCUUUUUACCUCUUUUCUGAUUGGUUAUCACACCAAUCUGCUCUCCCACUUUUUGUAGCGGUUGCAACGUAGACAGAAACAUGUCUCCUUUUUGUGAUAACAUUUCGAUAACAUAACAACUUAAACUUCGUAUAAUCCACAAAUCACGUGACUAUUUCAAUAUUCAUAAUGUGCACAUUGUAUAAUAUGGGUAGGACAAACGGCUUUGUUGUGGUGUCUUAACGUUUGUUAUUCCCUUUACAAUUGCAUAAGUACUUUUGUGUUUUAAUAGAUGUUCAAAGUUCGUGAUCACGAGUACAAACAAAGUUUAGCUUAACCUUUUAAGCCCCAAUAUCAACAUAAAAAUCUCCACACUGAUCUCCAUACGUUUCCUUGAAAAACUAGUUGACAGAAUGUGUUUUAAGAUCAAAGUAUUUUGACUUAAGUGAUCAUUUUAUCAAUUCUCAUAACCCAGUCUCUUGAUUAUGUAUUGAUAUUGUGAGGAGAAUAUUGAUGUCACUCUUGGGACUUAAAGGGUUAAAGCGCGGUUUUAGUAGCCUGCAUUGCAGACGUAAUUGAAUCCCGGUUAGUAACGUCUGCAAAGCAGCAAUAAGAUCCUUGUUCUGGCCCCCAAAGGACUCAACGAAUUAAGUGCGUUUCGAAUUCUCCUUCAACCUGUUUGGUGAAUCGACAAUAGAGAGCUUUAGAUUCAAGCACUAGAGCGACUACGAGUACGAGUUUUAACUUAAAGUUUUUUCGCGUAUUCUCAAAAAAUAGACACCCCGGAAAGCUUCAAUGUACUUUUGAUUCACCAGAAAAGUUAACAGUGCCAUCUUUUUAUAUGAAAGGAGGUUAAGCCCUCUCCCGAUUGCAAAAUGAUAAAACUUGUAGUAUUUGAUAACUCGUUUCCGACACUACGACAUUCUCGCUAAAACUUGUAGUAGAAUGACGACGGCUACACGUUUUCCCGCCAAAAUGACGCUGGUUCACGCGUAAGCAAUACUCAGUAUUGAGAAAAUCUCGUACUCGUAGUCGUUUUCGUCUGAGAAUCUAAAGGUCUCUGUUAGCCUUUUUAACCGGCCAACCGUGGCCUUGAGUACCUAUCAGGCUCUGUAAUAAAAUUGUUUUUACUUCGUAGGUAUCGAGGGAUAGGCAUAAGAAUCGAGGACGAUGUCUUUAUAACUGAAAGUGGACCUGAAGUUCUAACGGCUGAAUGUCCAAAGGAAGUGGAAGAUAUUGAACGGCUGAUGAGCAGUGCCGACUUGGCAAGGCUCUAACUGAGGCGAACAUUUUCCACACUUUUUUUUCAAGUGUAAUAAGAUUGGUGGUGGAUCCUGGAAGACCGCCAACUUUCAAGCUCCGUGGACUUUUAUUAAAAUAAGAGACCUUCAUGCCAAGCUGUGCUUUCGAUUCGAAGUUUUAUUAUGUUGACUUCUUUGGCGGGAAGAGGUUAGGAGAAUUUUUAAUUAAUCUAUCACCAAAGGACAGAUGCUCUGAUCGUUUAUCAAAUUUCCUUAACUAAUUCCUUAAGGAAAUUUAUUGAGAUAAGUCUGACCCGCUACAAGGCAGUCUUCUCCGAGCCCAGGGAGACUUCUAAAUCAAAGGGACGGGAUGCCCAUUGGAAAAUAGACCCCUUAAAAGAUUGUACAAAACAUGUCUCCCAAAUAAGAGUUAUACUAACUGUGCUAAAGAUGUGAACAUCGGAUACUGACCUCAUGCAACACGGUAUUACAGCACUUGGCUCUUAUUAAAAGAUAUUUCUUUGUACUCAACCCUACGAGAUACUUGUAUGGAUAAAAAUUAUUUGGCUUACUUUCCUGAGCACUAUAAGUUACACUAAAAUCAACAGUUUAUAACCCC